CUUUAUUUCCAUAAUUAUUAUUAACAAAGUUUACUAAUGGAACUAUUCUACGAUGCCAAGGCUGUUAGAUUCAGAAGUCAUUUAAACAAAUACUUAGUAGCAGAUGAUGAUCAGAAAAACAUCCGACAAAGCCGAAAUGGCUCAUCAAGAAAAGCACGGUGGCUGGUGGAGCUUGUUGCCGGAAACAGCCAUCUUAUCCGACUGAAAAGUAGCUCCGGCAUGUACCUCACGGCUUCCGACGAGCCGUUUCUUCUUAGCAUGACAGGAGGAAAAAAGGUUCUUCAAACUUUGCCGGAGAAUAUGGAAGACGCAAAAAUUGAGUGGGAACCACUAAGAUACGGAUUUCAAGUGAAAUUAAGAGGUUACGGAGCAAAAUUUUUAAGUGCAAGUGGAACGCCACUACGAUGGACCAAUAGAGUGACUCAUGAUUGUCCUUAUAGUGCUACUACACAUAAUUGGAUUUUGUGGAGCGUGGAACCUGUUAAUGUGCCGGAAGAUGAAUCUUUAACGGAUUAUUUAACUAUGGUUUCGAAUUUCUCGUCAGUCUCCGGUGAACUUUCUACCUUGGAUUUGGCGUCUCCGAUGUCCAUGCAUUCAAGUCUUUGUUUUUCACCUAAGAGUCCUCUAACUAGAAGACCAGCAAUGGAGCUAUUCAACAAAGCGAAAGCUGUUCGUCUACAGAGUCACCAUUACAAGUACUUAACAGCGUUGGAAGAUAAAGAAUCAGUAACCCAAGAUCGUGACGGUGCUUCAAGAAAUGCAAAAUGGACUAUAGAAUUCGUCGAAAAUACCAACAAUAUUAUACGCUUAAAAAGUUGUUAUGGAAAGUAUCUUACAGCAUCAAAUCAGUCUUCUGUUCUUGGUAUAACUGGUCGAAAAGUUGUGCAAACUCUACCAAAUCGUCUCGAUUCUUCAGUUGAAUGGGAACCCAUUAGAGAAGGGAAUCAAGUGAAGCUAAGGACUCGAUAUGGACAGUUUUUGAGGGGAAAUGGUGGACUUGUUCCAUGGAAAAACACUGUUACACAUGAUAUUCCUUAUCGGGCAUUUACUCAAGAUUGGAUUCUUUGGGAUGUUCAGGUUGUUGAAAACUUGCUAUCACCAUUGGCUCCUCGUUUAGAUUCAUGUGCUUCUGAAUCCUCUAAAUCCACGAGCUUUUCUACACAAGAGUCAAGUGAUUCUUCGCUGCCUAAUUUGGGUGAAGGGAGGUUCAUAUUUUAUCAUAUGGCGGAUGAAUUUGGAGAAAUUGAAGAGGAAAUGGAGGCACUUUUCAUAACUUUCGAUGGAAAUACUGUUGAGGAGUUGACUAAGAGAUUGGAGGAUGAAACUGGGCUUGAGGAAAUUAUUGUGUGUACUAGGAGUCCAUUGAAUGGGAAACUUUAUCCUCUCAGUUUGCAGCUUCCACCAAACAAUGCAACAAUGAAUGUUAUUAUUAUGCCAUCUUCAUAUAAUAAAGCUAUUACUCCAGAUUCUCUUUCAAGCCAUAUGUCCAACAUUCCCGAGUUGAAUAGUUCCAAUUUCAAUGAAUGGAAGGAACAACUAGAAAUUACAUUGGGAUGUUUGGAUUUGGAUUUGUGUUUCAGAAUUGAUGAGCCUUUGGAAGAAUGUGCCGUCUAUGCUACUUGGGAACGCUCCAAUCGCUUAAGUCUCAUGAUUAUGAAGAGUAAGAUUGAUAAGAACAUCUGCAAAUCAAUACCAAAUUCUACUCGAGCAAGAGAGUUCUUGGCAUCCAUUGAACAACAAUUCAAGGUUUCCGAUAAGACAUCGGUAGGUACACUCAUGGAAAUUUUAACUACUAAGACAUAUGACGGGACUAGAGGUGUGCGUGAGCACAUUAUAGAAAUGGCUAAUAUGGCGGAACAACUUAAAGCAAUGGAAAUAACCAUUUCGGAAUCCUUUUUGGUGCAAUUUGUUCUCAAUUCGCUUCCUUCUCAAUUUGGUCCUUUUAAAAUUAGCUAUAAAACAAAUAUGAACAAAUGGACCGUGGAUGAACUCAUUGCAAUGUGUGUUCAAGAAACGAUUAAAGGGAGAAGGAUUACUAUUGGUUCAACAAGUAAAAGGACCAAAGAAUGGAAAACGAAAUGAAAACAAGGGUACUACACAUGAUGGUGUGAAUAAAGGGAACAUGAAAUGUUUCUUUUGCAAAAAGAAGGGACACUUGAAAAAGGAUUGUCUUAAAUUCAAGAAUUAGUCUGAAAAGUAAGCGUUUCCUUACAACACGAAUUUCGAAUGAGAGGGGAGAAGUAUAUUUUUCAUGGAGAAUAAAGCCCAAGCUUCAGUUAAAGCUAUAGAGAUCUAUAAACUUAUUUUAAGUAGUAGAGAGUUAUUAGAGUUGAAUAAUACCUCUAAUUAGGAUUUUUUUUUGUUGCUUUGCUUUGGUAAUCAAGGAUAUUAUGUUAAGUUUGGAAAUAAAACUUUGAGGCAUAUAAAAUAAUCUGUUGAUUGGGAAUGGUA